GAGUGUUCCUUUAAAUCCAGUCAUGCAGCAGGUUCUUUUGCCACUCCGGCGGGAAAGUGACGUCGAUGCACACCCUCUAUAGACUUCUUUAAGGUCUUUCGACACAUCCGCGAACAGUCAUCUCCAAUAUUUUGUUUAUUUGUAAGGGCCCAUUUCGUAAGGGAAACUUCCUUUUAAUGUCUUCAUCCAUAUUUUUUUUUUUUUACAUUUUCGCUUCUUCCUGACAGGCUCUUCUUUCCAUCCAUCCUGUUCUUUUUGUUAACACGUCAUGCGCUGUAUUUUGAAGUGACGAGAGAGCGUGCUCACAUUCACUUCUUACAUUCUGUAAUUAACAGAUUUAAAUUGUAUUUUACUACAAUAUUAUUAGUGAGCGUGUUCGUAUGUAAAAGAAAAUCACACACACACACACACAAAAAAAAAAAAAAAAAAAAAAAAUCCAAAGUCGUGAUUUGGGGCCCCCUAGCGUCCUGGGCCCAUAUGCCUGUCAUAUUCUGCACCCCCUCCCCCUAACGCCGCCUCUGUGUGGUCUACUGGACAUAGACAAGACCGCAAGUGUGGGUAUUUUGACAGGGCAUUGGUGAGGCUCUGGGAUGACAAACACUAAGGAGAUUCAGCGGAACACAAAUCCCAAUCAUAAGCUUUAUUACAUUCAUUUUCUUCACAGCUCUACAGAAACAUACGGAACAUGUUACUGCUCUUCCUAAUCUUAAUAAAAGGUGUGUCUGGUGAAUCUGAGACGGUGUCAGUGAUGGAGGGAGAUUCUGUCACUGAGUAAACUCUGACCUCACCAAAAUAGUGAACAAAGAUACGAUACUGUGGAUGUUUGGACCUAAAGACUCUCUCAUAGCUCAAAUAGGGAGAACGGCCGAUUUGACCUCAUCUUCAGUCACUGACGAUGUGGCAUUCAGAGGAAGACUACAAGUGAACCAAGAAACUGGAUCUCUCACCAUCAGAAACACCAGAAUCAAACACUCGGGACAAUAUAAACUCACCGUCUCGAGAGAACAGACAUGGAUCAAGAUAUUCAAUGUUACUGUACAAGUUGUGGAUGAUGAGACGGAUGGAGUGAAGUCGGAGUCAGUAUCAGUGACAGAGGGACAGUCCGUAACUCUACACGCCGAUUCUGAAGCACACAAAGAUGCUCUGAUGUUGUGGAGGUUUGGAGAUAAAGGCAUCCUCCUGGCUAAAAUUGAUUUAGAAACAAAUAAUAUGUCAUUGAAUGAAGCUGAUGAGAGAUUCAAAGACAGACUUGAGCUGGAUAAUCAGACUGGAUCUCUGAUCAUCACGAACACCAGAACUGAACAUGCUGGACUGUAUGAAGUACAGAUGAGAGGCAGUGAGAGCUCACAGCGAUUCCUUCUUUCUGUCAACACCGUUACAGAUCCAGGUCUUUCUCCGGGUGCUAUAGCAGGGAUAUGUGUUGGUUUUUGUGUUGCUGUUCUGCUUCUGGUUGCAGUUGUGAUUUACUAUCGACGAACAAUCUCCAAAUUACAACAAAUUGAGAUGAAAAUGUCAGCGAUGGAGGGAGAAUCUCCAACUCUACGCACUGAUCUUACUGAACCACAUGAUGAAAACAUACAGUGGUGGUAUGAAGAUGAAACCAAUCUCAUAGCUGAAGUAAGUGAAGAGAAGAGUAAGACACAUGAUGGUGCUGAUGGGAGAUUCAGAAGCAAACUGAGGCUUUAUGAUUCUGGAAAUCUCACCAUCAGUAACAUAAGGACCAUUCACUCCGGACUCUAUAUACUCAAGAUCAGCGGCAACAGAAGAACCGAAUACAAGAGAGUCAUUCUGACUGUUGAUGUAAUGAAAGUGCCGGUGACGGCGGGAGGUUCCGUCCUUCUCCAGAAUGAUGCUGAAAUUCAGACGGAUUCUCUGUUGCUGUGGACGUUAGGAGCUGAAAACAGUCUCGUUGCUACAAAUGCUACAAGCAUAAAUAAAACCGAUGAGAGAUUCACAGACCGAGUGGAGCUGGAUGAGAAUACUGGAUCUCUAAUGGUCAGGAACAUCAGAGCUGAAGACUCUGGACAUUAUAAACUACAGAUCAUCAACAGGGAACAGACCACAUUCAGGAGAUUCAAUGUGACGGUCACUGAAUCCUCAGGAAACACUGUGAAUGAAUCGGUGACUGUAAUGAGCCCGCUGUUGAAAGAAAAGAAUGUGAAUGGAGAGAACCAUCAGACGACUUCCCUUUAAUGAGAUUAGACACGCCCACCACUGUCAAUCACUGUGACAUCAUCAACACAUUUCUGCUUUUAUCAAAGUGAGAAAUGAACCCUUGUCUGCUGAGCUGUGAACUUGUGAACUUGGUUUUAUAUGAAAAGGGAAACAAGUUGGUGAAAUGCAGAAUUCAUUUUCUAUGAUCAAGUAGGUGGGAAUUAAACAGAACUAAAGGCAGCGGUGUGUUUAAAGCUGUGUUUACGCCAUAUCGUAAUUACAUUAAUUACGAGAUUCUGGCUUGAAAAAAGCGUUUACAUCCUCGUAGAGUUACAGUUUGUAAGCUGGGAGUUUCCUGAAAGCUCCCAGAUGUACCAAGUGCCAUAGAAACACAUAAUUCCCAGUCCGAGGACGGGAACAGCUCCCGAAUAUAACCUCACGUGUUGUCACCUCAGUAUUACGGUAAUUACACGGUGCCGUGAAUGCAGCGUAACCAGACACUAAUGUUACUGCUGAAGAGCUUGUAAGGAACCCCGCAUCGGCCCAAAAACGGAAUCCGACGGCCCGGGCGAAGGUUAACGCGUGUAUGUCUUUUCAGCGCAUCUGUGAAGUUCACUUAAUUUCACUCGUUUAAUCUGACUCCAAUUUUAAAUGAUUAUUACUCUUAGGUUUUGUUCCCAAUUGGAAAUUAAUCAUUUGUUAUGUAUUAAUUUUGAUUUUUGAUUAUUCUGGGUAUCUCAUAAUUCCAAUUAUUCGUUCAUUACGGUCUCAUCAUCGCUUAGAGAAAUUCACAUCGGCCGGCUGCGUUCUCACGGACAUAAAUUCGCCAGUUUAUGACCUAGUCAGAGGAUGCAGAGUUAACUAAUGCAUUUGAGUCGAACCGCCACAUGCUUGUUCAUACAAAAAUACAGUUUUCUUAGUCACGAUACUGCAACUUGCUAAUUCAAUAACAGACAAACUCAAAAAGUCCCAUGAUGUGCCAAUAUGCUCCUUUCAUGGGGCUCUCUGGCUUGGCCUGUCCUGACGCAGAUUUACGGAAAUGACGGACUCCAUAAUCUACUGGUCAUAAUGAUUUCAGAAGAAUCCAGAGUAAAUCAAAUAUAACAUUUUAUUUGUCAAGUAAAAAUGUAUGUCAAUUUCAUAGUUGGACAAUUAAAAGCCAAUUCAGAAAUAAUAAAUGCAUAACAUCAACUGAAAUGCACAUGCACACAGUGGUGGAUUAGUGUUUGAAGACACUUGUCCACCACUGUGUGGGGGCUUCUGGCUACAGAAAAUCCCCCCUGACUGCUUUGCACUUUACCUUAUAUACCAAGACCAGAACAAAAGGAUUGUAAAUUUUUAUUACACCAACACCUGUUUUGGGGGGAGAGGAGUGGGUUUUCACAAGUGACACCACCCAAAAGGAGGACAGAAUUCUCCUUAGUUUUCAAUCUUCUUCAUAAUACCAGUGACUGCUGUGAAAUUGAGACCAUUUUACCAAUCGCACUGAGACAUUUAAAAUGAUACCAAACAUGAAAGGAAUAAACAAUAGAUACACCAGAUACAUUAUACUUCUUGGAGAACUUUCAGUGACUUGAGUCAGGGGGAAAGGAAGGAGGGUGUGUGUGUUUUUGGGGGAGGGCUAUUGCAUCCUGUAGAUGUGUGAGGGCAAGGCGUUGUCCUAUGCUAUUUCUUUGAGAUCUUCUCUCCAGAUAAGCUUUAUUGCUUUAUUGCAGGGUGCUUGAUCUCAGUUUUUGUCUUAGCAGGAAAAUCAAGUCUUACAGUUCCGCCCCUGGCCCCUUGGGGCAAAUUCCGAUCAGUCCUGAGGGGCCACUUUUGGACAUUUCCUGCUUCCAUAUAUUGGGUGUUGUUUUCAGUGUUCAUAGGCUGGCACUUAGCAGCACCAGUCGAUGGGUGCAGGAGUCAAGUCGUCACCUGAAAUAACAACAUUAAGGCAGGUUGAACAUUAAGAUGAAAGUACUGCAGAAUGCAUCUCUGUGACACACAGUCCCUUUAGGUGUGGGUAUACUGCGGUGAGUGGAUGCUGCAGCAGCUGGACAUGAUGUCUGCGAUCCUCUUGGUCAGGUUUGUUUCCACCUGCACUUGGCUGUGGUGGUAUUCUGUCUGUAGAAUGACUGGUUGUACCAAGUCUGUUGUGUUGGUCAGCAUGAGCAGAACGUGUCAGGAAAGUCUCAUUACACUUUACGGAAGCAUCUGUGUCCGCCCCAGGUUUAAUUGAUCCUGUGAGAAGUCCUCGGUUACCUUCAAGUAGAAGGUUUCGUUGCCGGGCAGGUCAAAUGUCCAUGGGUGAAGGAUUCAUUUCACUGAUGAUGCUCCAUUGCGUGCAGGACACCUGAACAACUUUUGGAUGAUCAUGCAAUACUUGAACACUAAUGAAUUUGAUAUUAUUGUAAGAUGAGAAAAAGGGCUGUUGGAAAACAGAAUAACACCAAAUAACACAUGAUGAACAUGUCAAAAGUGCGAAUGGUAAACAAGGUCUCCUUUUCAGAGUCCUAUCUUUAGUGAGCAGGUCUCAUUCUAAUCACCAGAUUCUUCACUAUCACUGUGAUAUGAUAGUGGAAUUUAGACUUGGUCUGGAUGAGUUAAAGGAAAGUAGCAAAGAGUCGAAAUAACUAGUAUAUUUACCAGUGGUAUGCAUAAUUAAAUAUAUCACAUACUUAAACAUAGAAAUACACAAUUUCAUAAUUACAAUUAUAAAACUGUCUAUAAUAGUUGUUUUAACUGCAAAUCCUUAAUGCAAAACUAAGGUUUCAAUCAAGUCAAUUAGAGAAUGGAAUUUACUGAAACAGAGAUUUGAAAUCUCUUGUUUAGCUUUUACAACCAUCAUCUGUGCAUUUGAUGUGCAGGCUAAGUCACACUCAAGAAUACAGGUCUGACUGGAAAUUAUGUAACAGAUUGACAGAAAUGCCUGCAUUUCAGUUCUAACUGUUUAGUCAAAUUUGUCAUUAGUCAUAUGUUGUAAACUAGGGGGCCCUCCUAGUUUGCAACAAUGCCAAGGACUGGACAUAAUAACCAUUUUGUCUAAAGAGACCAGAUGCAUUACUGAAUAGGUCUCAUUUAGAUUUGGAAUUUGGAAUUUGAAUGAUCAGAAAUUCUAUUAAUUGAUGUGUGACUAAAGCCAUGCACAUGUCCUGCAUAUUACAGUGUUUCCAUAACACCUUAAAAUUGACACAAUUAAAAAGAAAAGAAAUUAUGGCAAUAAUUUCUCUUGUCCUAUAUGUAUGAAGGUGAAUGAUGUAUGCUAAAUUUGCAUUAUGUGAAAAAUUUUAGCCUGGAUAGUCUUAUGAUCUAUGCCAGGUGGAGAUGUUGUGCAUUUGUAGUAGGGUGUGUGUUCUGUAUGUUUGUGUAGAAGAUGGGUGGUGUCUAUCCUACCAUGAUUUGUGUUGCAUAAUUUAGUUCCAGUUCUACACUGGGAGGCCAUGUAUCUAUGAGUGCAAUGAGGUUUGAAUGGCCUCUUGAAGUUUCUACACACCCAUCUUCUGCAAGUAAAGUUGUGUCCUGGCUAAAUGCAGGUGGGACCAGAUACCCUUGUGGAAUCUGGCCCUAAAAAUGGCAGCUGUCAGUCUGAAAGGGAAACAGACACACAGAAAAAACAGUUGAUCUUGAACCUUUAAACAAAUUGCAUUAAGAUAGAUGGUGCCAUCUUAAUUUUCUUGAAUGGUCUUAUCCAGACAGCUGUUGCGGAUGGCUUUAAUCUGUUAAGAUUUUAUGCCAUUAGAAGAAAAUUUUUUUUAGUUUACAAAUUCAUAGAUCAUUAUUAUGAUUAUGUUUCUGCAAAGGAAAAGGCCAGAUAAACUGAGUGUUAUUGGUCAGAUCUGACUGCUGGUUUUUAAGCAUUGUCAGAGAAUCUUGCACCUUGAGUUGCUGUUGCAGCUGUGCUUACACAGUCUGUUGUGUUGUGAGGAUUAUGACACCCGGGUCUCCUGGGGGAAUCUCACACUAGCCAGAUCUGUGAUUAGGGCACCAGAUCACCAUUUGUGGUGUUGUGCUGUUUGUUUAACAAUUGGUAUUUAUGGUGCCAUUCAAAUACUUGACCAUUUGGACCUCUGUGGUCUGUAAAAACAGAAGAGUUUCUGCCUGAUAUUACCAUUUCACGCAACUUUAAUUACAUGUCCAGUAAAAUAACUUCCCUGAUCGGAUCCCAUAUGAUCUAGCGCUCCCAGAGAGGAGUUUGCUAACACUUGUCCACUUUGUUUGUGGUUUUGUUGCAAAGGAAAAUCAAAACUUGUACCUCCCCUUGUCACUGAUCAAUAGAAUCAAGUUUUAAAUCAUGUUUAGAUCUUGAAUGGAUUUAGCCUAUUCAAGAUAUGACAAUCAGGUUGAUCGUUUUAGUUAAUAAAUACUGGGCGUUGUAAUUUUUCUCAUUAAAGAUUCUUGCACAGAUAGAAGAUAAAGAAGUUAUUUCUCAUUAAUUUGAUUUCUUCCUUCCAUUUUUCUUUCCUAACAACUUAUUUAAUGCAAUUGUGAAGCACAUUGUAGCCUUAUGGCAAUUCUAUGCUCCUGUACAUGGUGUAACUGCAGCUAUAUGAAAGAUAGCUGAGUGAUCCACUCAGGAGACAAACAAAUUCAACAUAGACACACAUACAACUUGAAAUUGUUGUACAAUUUUAGUACUACAGUUAUUCCAACUUACACAAGACACAUGGUCUAGAAUGCAUAGCAUCUACAACCUUAAACCUAAGUGUGUCACGCAUCGCUUACAGUAAAGCAGUCUUAGUUUUAAAGAAUAAACUCAACUAGUCUAGGUGCACAUAUAGUAGCACAAACAACUAGAAUGUGUGUUCUAUGAGAACAAUGUGUCUAACACAAUUACAAAUUUGAAUCCUUCCAUUGAUUCCUUAUAAUUCUUCCAGCACUGAUAGUGCUCCCAACUUCUGUCUACAUUCUGGUUCCACCUUACUACAUUCUAAUUCCUUCUGCUCUUCUCCAAAACUCUUUCUCCCAUACCAUUGCUUGAAUCAUCAUGAGAUUAAAGGCCAUUCCUGGCCAUUAUAAUAUAAUAUAUAUCAUAAUGUGAUUAUAAUAUCAAUUAUAUUAUAUUAAAAUAGUAUAAAUUAAAAAUAAUUUUAUUUGCUGGUCUCAAGAGGGUCAGAGUGAUUUGUUAUCACCUCACUGAUCUUUCAGAAGGCAUUUGGCCCUGCAGCUACAGCUGUGAUUGCACUGCAUUGUGUUCACAGCAACAAGACAAACUGGAAACCAGUUCUAGACUUUGAUGCUGUGAAUAUUGGGUCAAAUCAUUGCUCAAUUCAUUUAAGAUUUUUGUGACUACAAUAUAAAAUUGGACACAAUUUUCUUAUUUUUGGACUAAGAUGUAAUCAAUUACAUUCUUCUGAGAAUCUAUUUGGAUAUGAAAAGAAAGGUUGGACAAACACAGGUCUGAUUGAGAGUACAAAGAUUAAUUUUUGGUCUGUUUGUUUUUUCAGUUUCUUUUGAGACACUGAACAACAUACAAGAGUGCAGUCAUUUUAAAUAAGACCAAGGUAAAAGAUAUGUUUUAUAAGACUGAGCCUUAAACAGUGCUGUUUACACCAUUUGUGACAUCAGUCGUAAACCUUCUUAGCACCUCUUGAACAAUUUCAAAGUAUAGUGAUGUAAUUCACCUUAUUCGUUGGCAAAAUUUCUUUUAUGAAACAAAGACAAGCUGAGCAUGUCCUCUGAAUGGGUGAAACCCUCAGGCUCGGCUACAAGCUUCUCAUUGACAUCAUAAUUAUCAUUAUGUACAUCAGUUUUAACAUUUAGUGUAUUUUCCCAGUUGCAGUCUCUAGGACUUCUGCAUGGCAGCAGUUCUCCAGGACUGAGACAAAAUUUCAACCAAAUCUUUUCUUUUGAAAAUUUUUAGUUUCACUACUCUGUUUUGUCCAGCUUUACAUUUCACACACAAAGGAUUACAGUGAGAGAUUUUGUUCCUUGUUCUAUUUUGGUUUAUCCAAUCACAAGAUUUUUCACAAGUUAACGUGACCAUUUGCUUAUUUUCAAUGUUGCAACGUUGUUACAGCAAAGCAAAUAAACAUGUUGCUGGGCAUUCUUUACCUCAGAAUUUAGGUUUUAAUUUACAGCCCUCUGUUGAAUACCAGAAUAAAAUUUGGAUUAUGUUAUUCCAAUUUAAGGUUAAUCUCUUGUUGCGUAGGCAAACAAGGAGAUCUUCAAAGUUAAAGCAAGGGAUAUCAUUCCUCAUCUACGCUGCCGCUAUCAUGUCCCUGAUAAGAUGUGGUUGUCUAAUUCUCCAGCCCCACCGGAUUUCGGUCUCCGGUCUUAAUAUGGGUAUGCCGACCCAUUCUACAAAUGCGUCUAUAUGGGAUGCGUCUAUCUUUCCCUCAACACUUCUAAAAGGCAAAUAAGAAUGGACUUACCACAACAGCUGAAGAAAGAAGAAGAUCAAACCUUGCUUGUUGCAAAUCCCAAUUUUCCGCUGAAAAGACACUCGCCAACAGGAUAUGGAAGAUCACGGAGGUAAUGUCACCACUUUGUAAGGAACCCCGCAUCGGCCCAAAAACGGAAUCCGACGGCCCGGGCGAAGGUUAACGCGUGUAUGUCUUUUCAGCGCAUCUGUGAAGUUCACUUAAUUUCACUCGUUCAAUCUGACUCCAAUUUUAAAUGAUUAUUACUCUUAGGUUUUGUUCCCAAUUGGAAAUUAAUCAUUUGUUAUGUAUUAAUUUUGAUUUUUGAUUAUUCUGGGUAUCUCAUAAUUCCAAUUAUUCGUUCAUUACGGUCUCAUCAUCGCUUAGAGAAAUUCACAUCGGCCGGCUGCGUUCUCACGGACAUAAAUUCGCCAGUUUAUGACCUAGUCAGAGGAUGCAGAGUUAACUAAUGCAUUUGAGUCGAACCGCCACAUGCUUGUUCAUACAAAAAUACAGUUUUCUUAGUCACGAUACUGCAACUUGCUAAUUCAAUAACAGACAAACUCAAAAAGCCCCAUGAUGUGCCAAUAUGCUCCUUUCAUGGGGCUCUCUGGCUUGGCCUGUCCUGACGCAGAUUUACGGAAAUGACGGACUCCAUAAUCUACUGGUCAUAAUGAUUUCAGAAGAAUCCAGAGUAAAUCAAAUAUAACAUUUUAUUUGUCAAGUAAAAAUGUAUGUCAAUUUCAUAGUUGGACAAUUAAAAGCCAAUUCAGAAAUAAUAAAUGCAUAACAUCAAUUGAAAUGCACAUGCACACAGUGGUGGAUUAGUGUUUGAAGACACUUGUCCACCACUGUGUGGGGGCUUCUGGCUACAGAAGAUCCCCCCUGACUGCUUUGCACUUUACCUUAUAUACCAAGACCAGAACAAAAGGAUUGUAAAUUUUUAUUACACCAACACCUGUUUUGGGGGGAGAGGAGUGGGUUUUCACAAGUGACACCACCCAAAAGGAGGACAGAAUUUUCCUUAGUUUUCAAUCUUCUUCAUAAUACCAGUGACUGCUGUGAAAUUGAGACCAUUUUACCAAUCGCACUGAGACAUUUAAAAUGAUACCAAACAUGAAAGGAAUAAACAAUAGAUACACCAGAUACAUUAUACUUCUUGGAGAACUUUCAGUGACUUGAGUCAGGGGGAAAGGAAGGAGGGUGUGUGUGUUUUUGGGGGGAGGGCUAUUGCAUCCUGUAGAUGUGUGAGGGCAAGGCGUUGUCCUAUGCUAUUUCUUUGAGAUCUUCUCUCCAGAUAAGCUUUAUUGCUUUAUUGCAGGGUGCUUGAUCUCAGUUUUUGUCUUAGCAGGAAAAUCAAGUCUUACAAGCUACUUGAAAUGAACCAUGGUACUACAAUUACAAAUAGGGAUGAAAUUAUUACUGGUUUGAUAAAUCAUGAUAAAAUUCCCCACGUUCAGUAUUACCCUUUCAUUUUUUAAUUAUUAUUAAAACUGUAUUACCGUGAUUUGAACAACUCAAUUAAAUACUGUCCAGCAUUAUUAAGCGACAGUCUCACGCAUGCGCACAGAGUAGUUUAGUUCUGUCUGAGAACAUGGCAGAAAGCUGAGAGGUUUUAAAAGUUUGCCAAGAGAAAUUAUAUGAUUGUAUAUAUUAUGAAUUAAUUAAUUAUAUGAAUGUACCUCUGAAGGUUCUGACUGUCUUUAGAAAAGUUGAUGGCAUUUGGUUUUCAUCUUCACUCCAUGUAUUGCCUAAAAAGUAGUGUUUAUAAUCGCAAUGCUUCUUUGUUUGAAUUACGGAGGUUAACGUUACCCAACCCCACAGUCUGCUUUCGUCGCCACUAGUUUGUCGGCGUCAGCUUGGUGUGUUCCGGCCUUUAGGGACACAAAACUUCCCAACACCUCCUAUCCAGGAGUAUCUCUCUCUCUGUAUAUUCAACACUAUACUUAAGCAAUAAAAACAAGGGAAAAAAAAGAAACACAAAUGUGAUGUUAACUAAAGUCAUUUAUGCUUAUUAGUGUGAUCAAAGGUCAGCAGAAAAGACACUGGUUAAUGAAGAGAGGUGAAAUAUUUGGUGGCAAUAUGCAAGAUGGCAGCGGCUGCUUUUUCGCUUCAAAAAUGCUCUUCAGAAUCUACGGGUAAUGUCACGGACACUAGGUCCAUAUUUUUUUACAGUCUAUGGGGUGUACUCAUUUAUGCUGUGCACUGUAUGUGUUUAUAUGUGAAUAAAAGUCUAAAAAAAAGA